ACUUUCUGUCCAUUGCAGACGACGAAAAAAAAAAUUAUGAGAGACGUGCAAGUGAUACAAAGUUGAAUACAGACGUGGACUCUUGCUAGUCUUGGUGCUUGACCAGGGCUUGACGUACGGUGAGACAGUACAGAGCCACUAUGUUGCGACUAGAGGACACCACAAGUCAGGCCGAAAGGCUUCUACAGACACUUCAGGACAUGAGACAGAAGGAGGAACUAACAGACGUCAUACUGGAGGUGGAAGGACGCAGUUUCCCCUGUCAUCGUAACGUCCUGGCAGCCAACAGUCCCUACUUCUCAGCCAUGUUUGCGGGAGGUCUGGCAGAGUCCAAACAGGACAGAGUCACCAUCAACGGCAUCAGUCAGCACAUCAUGGGACUCAUACUGGACUACUUCUACACUGGGAUACUGGAGGUAAUUGAAGAUCAAGUCCAAGAGUUGUGUGCAGCAGCAUGCCUCCAUCAGUGCGACCAGAUUCGGGAAGAAUGCUCCAAAUUCCUCCUCACCAAAGUCUGCGAGACCAACUGUGUCGGGAUGUUUGCCUUCUCCGAUAUGUACGGUAUGGAAGACCUGAAGUACAAGAGUCAGAAGUACGUGGAACUACAUUUCAAGACUGUCUGGAACACUCCUGAUUUCCUCCAGCUGCCUCAGUGCCAGAUAGCUGAACUUCUGUCGCUAGACGGGCUGUAUGUAGACAAUGAAGAAACCGUUCUCGAGUCAGCAAAAAGCUGGCUGAAAGAGUCGCAGGAACGAGAACAGUUUGGUCUCGAGAUUCUCAGUUGCAUCCGUUUGCCACACCUCGGCACAGAUGCCUUGAAAAGGGUGAGCGAAUUCCUUGGUGUAGAGCAAGAAUUUGUGGACCUGGAGUUGGAGAGGCAAAGCCUGUGUGAUGUGGAUACUACAGGACAAGCAGAAGGAAUAAACGAAGGGCCAGAUACAGACUCAGACGCAGAAUCAAAUGCUCAGCGAGAAGACACAAGCCACCUUGUCAGCCAGUGGGUACCUCCAGCCUGUAGACCUCGACUUGGAACAAAGUACAAGGAGAUGAUUAUAUUCCAGACAAAGUUGGUCGACUCUGACGGCAACCAUGGCUUCCCUGCUUACGAACCGCGUUCAGGGACCGUGUACGCUCUUAACUCUCAGAGGGUCGGUACAUACAUGCUGAACAACUGGGAGAGUACCGACUACAUCGUCCAUAGCCUGGUAGCUACGCCAAACUGCGACCUGUUUUCGCUGACUUACAUCGACCCGGAGACAUGGGAUCACGGCUUACCGCUACACGUUCACUGUUUAGUUCGUACCAAGGGAAGGAGGCAGCUGUGGCGGUAUCAUGGUUACGCAUUUGAGGAUGAGAACUUUGACCUGAGAUACUCCGCCCUGGCGUACUUGAAUGAACACGUGUACACCGUGAAACUUGGACUGCCGGACGACCGCUCGCAAACCUGGCACUGGCUGUACAGGAAGAGCAUGCAGGACAUGAUUGGUGUGGAAAUCGCCGCGCCAUGGAAACGAAGACACUGGGGGGACCAGUUCUGGGAGAAGUUUGAACAGUUGCCAGCGCAGCGCGUCGGGACGCUUGCAGCAUGUGGCGACCUGCUGUACUUCAUCGGUGACACCGUCUUCUGCAGCUGCGAUCCUGACACAAGAACCGUCACCCCGCUAACCCUCCCACCGGAGCCAAUCAGCAAACUGGACGAACGACCCGUCCUAACCGCGUACAAGGGCUUGCUGUACUUCCUCAAGCACAGGACCACCACGGACCGCCUGCCGACACUACAGAUCUACGAUCCAACCGAAGGCAAGUGGCGGGUAGGACCACGCCUUCCCCUGUUGUCCAACAAAGUCCGUCUCUUCAUCCUACAGUUGGUCGUGUAUGACGGACAGUUGGUCCUCAUCGUAGGGACCAAGGAAGGCUCCUGGAGCAGUCCGGAUGAUUAUUCCUUCCAGAUCUCGUUUUUCAAGUAUGGCGCGCGGUGCUGGGAGCAGGCAGACAUCGACCCUCCACCGAUUGGGAAGUACUUGUCUGAUGAGGUUCUACCUUUCAGUGUGAGCUGUGUAGUGGCCAAACUCAUGCCAGAGUCACUAGAGUCUGGAGAAAGGUUCCUACUGUGAACAAUACAUUAGAAUCUUUCACAGUUCUAUCCAGGUGUUGUUUUUUAAGUAUGGGGUGCGAUGCUAGGAGCAGGCAGACAUCGACCCUCCGCCGAUAGGGAAGUACUUGUCUGAUGAGGUCCUACCUUUCAGUGUGAGCUGUGUAGUGUCCAAACUCAUGCCAGAGUCACUAGAAUCUGGAGAAAGGUUCCUACUGUGAACAAUAGAUUAGAAUCUUUCACAGUUCUCACAGUUCUAUCCAGGUGUUGUUUUUUAAGUAUGGGGUGCGAUGCUGGGAACAGGCAGACAUCAACCCUCCACCAAUAGGGAAGUACUUGUCUGAUGAGGUUCUACCUUUCAGUGUGAGCUGUGUAGUGGCCAAACUCAUGCCAGAGUCACUAGAGUCUGGAGAAAGGUUCCUACUAUGAAUGUUAGAUCAGAACCUCUGGCAAUCACAGUCAAUGGGAAGCAAUUGGCCAUAAGAUGAUUAUGCACUGUGAUAAGUUAUUUUCAUGAUGAUGAUGAAUGUUUUAUUUGGCAUAGAAUGACUUGCAGCCUCUUGUUUGAAUUUAGCCUGAGUGCCAUCCGUUUCGCAACACUGGAGUGAAAGAAGCCCAAGUUAGUCUUAAUUGUAGAUUCAUGACAACUGUUUUUAAGACUCAUUCUAAAGCGUAAUGUUAACAUUUAAGAUUUUUAGGACUAAGUAGAAGGCCAAAAGUGGUGGCUGAAAUCUGUAGACUUGAAAAAAAGUUGAAGGCUAGUUGUUCUAUCAAUGUCUGUGCCAAAAAUGAUAUGAUUCCAUUAUUAGAUAACUACUCUAUUACUAACAUCAGAUUUAAUGACUUCUAGUAUUAGUAUUAAGACAGUAGUAUUCUUGUGUUUAUCUAUUUCAAUUUUUGUUGAUUUUCAAUUUUUUUAUUACUCUUAGGCUUAUGUUAUACAAUGUAUGUAUAAGACUUCUGCUAGGUUAACAUUUCAUGUAAGUAUGUUAUUCUACUUCUGUCAUUCUUUUUACUUGAGUUUUAUCUAGUCAAGUAUACUGUUAGGAACAGUAAUGCAGGAAUUGCUCUCUUAAAUCCUUAUUCUUUAAGGAUGUCUGUAGAUCUACCAGUACAGGGUUUCA